AUGGCAACGAACGGCAACAGUGAGGACACUGAUUGGCAAAAAUUACCAUCGGAUCAAAAAGUUCAGCAUAAAGCAUGGAAAGCUCGCGUGACUGGUUAUGAAGAAUGUGUCAAACUAUUUCGUACACAAACUUCAGAUCAAAGUCCUGAGUUCAAUAAAUAUGUUGGUUUAAUGAAAAAGUUCGUCAUUGACUCGCACGACAAUGCGCGUGAGAAAGCACUAGACGCUGUGUUUGCUUUCGUUGAAGAAGCGAGUAUCGCUGGCAAAACUGUCAAUGAAGUUUCUGCGGGUUUGAUUACGAAAUGUUUGAACGGACGACCGAAAAUGAAAGAGCGAGCAUUUGAUAUUCUGUUGAUGUACAUUGAAAUUGAAAAGCAAGUUGAAAUCGAAGAAGAGCUCGUGAAAGGUUUAGAAAAUAAACAACCAAAGAUCGUACAAGCUUGCCUGGAAAUUCUUCGAAGAGGAUUAGCGGAAUUCGGUUCGAAAGUUCUUCCGAUAAAACCGUUCCUCAAACAAGUUAUUCCAUUGCUUGACGAUCGAGACAAAGCUGUUCGUGAUGAAUCGAAGUUGUUAUUAGUAGAAGUUUAUAAAUGGAUCGGCAAACAAACAUUAACGCCGAUGAUUCAAAAUGUCAAGCCAAUCCAAAUGCAAGAAUUGCAAACUGAGUUCGAUAAAUUAGAUCUGAACGGUGCUGAUAAACCUCGACAGACACGUUUUCUUCGUUCACAACAAGAUCUUAAACAAAAAAUGGAAGAUGCCAGUUGUGUACCUUCAUCUGUUGUCAUUGAAGAUGCAAAUGUUGAGAUGCAAGAAGAUCUUGAUCCAUUUGAAAUGUUGGAAGCAGUGAAUAUUCUUGAACGAUUGCCUAAAGAUUUCUACGAAAAAAUUGAGUCAAAGCAGUGGAAAGAACGAAAAGAAGCGCUGGAUGACUUGCUAACCCUGCUAACUCAAAAUCCCAAGCCAACACCUGACAGUGAUUAUUCUGAACUGAUGAAAAUUUUGAGAAAGAUCAUAGCCAAAGAUAGCAAUAUUCCUGUAGUUCUCAUUGCUGCAAAAUGUUUGACAGCAUUGGCAAAGGGUUUACGAAAAGUAUUCAAGAGUUAUGCUUUAAAUGUAAUUGAAGUUUGUCUUGAUCGAUGUCGAGAGAAGAAAAACAAUGUUAUUGAAGUAUUACGCGAAACAUGUGAAGCUGCCUAUCCUUCAACCAAUCUGGAACAAUUCUCGGAAGCAGCCGGUGCAUUAUUAAUGCACAAGACUCCAGUCGUUCGACAAUGUACUCAGCAAUUUCUAACAAAGUGUUUUGCAAUGGCGACUCAAGCAACAUUGCCAAAGAAAGUUUUAAAAGUGUAUUUACCGGUAUUGAUCAAGAAUAUAACAGAAGCAGAUCCGACUGUACGAGACAGCGCAUUUGAAAGUUUGGGAAUGUUAUGGAAAUGUGUUGGAGAGAAGCAUAUUCUUCCAAAUCUAACCGAUUUCGAUGAAUUGAAGUUGAACAAAAUCAAAGAGUACGCGGAAAAAUCCGUUCUGCUCAAUCUCCGUGGUGAGCCACGUUCAGCUGCACCUAUCGUUUUCCUACCCGAACCAUCAACAACACCAACAAUUGCGAAAAAACCAGAUAGUAUUGAAGUGCCUGUUAUUAAAUCUGUUCCAUCUAAGCCUGUACCUAUCGUGAAAAAGAAACCCGUCGUAGUCGUGAAACCUUCGACACCAACGAAUGAAUCAGUGGAAGAGAAGAAAAGAGAUUCUCGGCCGCCGAAAGCAUCGGCACCACUUCGUGCACCACCUCCUCCUCCUCUUCCUCGCAGUAAACCAACAACUGUAAAUACGUCUACGGCUAAAUCUCGGCCAAGUACGGCUCCAAUUUCAAAAUCAGCGACAAUCUCUACGAUACAACCACGUAAUCAACGUCUAGUUCCAGUUCUUCUUCCACCUACGGCAAAAUCUCGCCCGAAACCACCUGUUCCUACUAAUCGACGUUCAUCCAUCGAUUCAACAGCAUCAAAUCUCCAACGGCAAUCGACAUCUACAGGCGGUUCGACAUCAUCACUAAGUAGCACCAAUACUCAAGCAUCAAAUCCAUCAACACACAUGGAAACACCCACAUCAUCAUCAUCAACAACAAUGUCUAUACUUCGAUCAGUGUCCAAUGAUAUCAUUUCCUCACCUAUUUCUUCGAAUUUCAAUACAAAAAGUCGUAUACCUAUACGAAAACUCCCAAUGACAAUUGUUAAGAAAUCUUCAGCUUGA